AUGCGAUGUUACUGGAAAUGUCAUGGGCAAGUGUACUUAUGUAACGUCAUAUCUCCCAGAGUUGUAAACAGUGCAAAAACAACAGACUGUAGGGGUCCUACCAGGAGCAAUAGCACCCACACGGGCCCUCUCAGGGUUGGCAGUGCUUCCAGGGGCCCUCAAAGGGGCGUCGGCUUCAUCAGGGGCCUUCCCAGAUGCAGAGGCGCCUCUAAUGGCCCUAACAUGGGCGGCGGCACCCCAAGGGGCCCUCCCAGAGGUUGCAGUGCUCCCAGGUGCCUCCCAGAGGCUCUGCCAGGGGCUGUGGUGCCCUCAGGAGCCCUUCCAGGGCCGUGCACCCCCACAGGGGCCAUCCUAGGGGCAGCAGUGCCGCCAGAGGUUAUCCCAGGGGCGGCAGCAUCUCAGGGGCCCUCCCAAUGA